AUCCAGCAACUAAAGAUAGAAAAAAGUCCUGAAACCACUCAAAAAUCUUUUCCACUUUGAAACUCUCCUCCAAAAAGUCUUUAGUUGUUGCGAGUCUAAAGACCUUUCUCAGAAAAAGAAGAGAAUGACACCCGACUCUUCUAUUUUUAACUUGUUUUGGUAUUCUCUUACUAUUUUUGUCUUCCCCUUUUCUUUCUCAUAAUCCCCAGUUCUGAUUUAUUAUUCUUACUCAGCCUUUUUCACUGACUUGAUUAUUAAGCUAGAGUUUGAGGUAUCAAUCUCAAUUGGCGUAAAUCAUGUAUGGAGAAACAAUUGUUGAGCCUGUCGGAGAACUGCAGGUCACUUUUGGCUACCAAUGUAGUGGUAAACAAGGAGGUUCUAGUAAAAUGGCGGAUGGAUAUGAGAUUCCAUAUGGACAUAGAUUUCGAAGGAAAAGCUCCUUUUCUUUCUUGUCUGGAGCUGCUCUAAGCGCUAACACCACAUUAGCUAAUACAAAUAUAUGCAAUGGCCGGAUAGGGGCUGAAAUUCUUCCUAGUCUGGAUUCUCCAAAAUCAUUCCGUAGAGUCCCCUCUUCACCGUCAUUUGCUAGGUUGGAUAUGUUAUCGUGUUCUUUUCAGAGUGGAAUGUCAACCUUGAGUUCUACUUCAUCAAAUCAGAGCGAGAUAUCAGAUUGGGAAUUUCAUAGAUUGAAAUCAAUGAGUGCUCCUUCUGAAAACGAAAAUUUCCUUCAUGCUAAGGAAGUAGAAGUUGCGGGUGGGGCAGCUGGUGAAGAUAGAGUUCAAGCUGUUUGUUCAGAAGAAAAUGGUUGGCUCUUUUGUGCUAUAUAUGACGGGUUUAAUGGAAGGGAUGCAGCUGACUUUUUGGCAGGGACAUUCUAUGAAACCAUUGGGCUAUACUUGAAUCUUUUGGAGAAGGAAAUGAAAGAGGAAAGUAACAUGAAUUCAGAUGAUUGUCUCCUAUAUUAUAUGGAUGAAAAUACUUCUCAAUCUGAGGAACACGUUCCUGAGAGAACUUAUGAAGACAGCAAUGAUAAAAGCUUCACCGAUGCAAAACCUUCACUAGUUAAUAAUCAAGAAAUCUCAUAUGACUCGUUUAGGCAUAAAGUGCUUGAUUGCCUCCAAUCUGCUCUUAAUCAGGCUGAGACUGAUUUUCUGUACAUGGUUGAACAAGAAAUGGAGGAUCGUCCUGACUUAGUUUCCGUUGGGUCUUGUGUUUUGGUUGUUCUAAUUUAUGAUAAGGAUCUAUAUAUACUUAGUUUAGGUGAUAGUAGAGCUGUGUUAGCUACAUAUGGUGUUGAUGCUAAUGAGAAGUUGGAAGCUAUUCAACUGUCAGAUAUUCAUAGUGUUGACAAUAAAAUAGAACGGGAUCAACUUCUCAAUGAUCAUCCAAAUGAGCCCUCGGUUAUUGUUGGUGGAAAAGUAAAAGGGAAAUUGAAGCUAACUCGUGCAUUUGGAGUUGGUUAUUUGAAAAAGAGAAAAAUGAACGAUGCUUUGAUGGGUAUUCUCCAAGUUCCAAAUCUAUUAAGUCCACCAUAUGUCUCCACCCAGCCUUCAUUGAAUGUUCAUAGAAUCUCAAAAGAGGACUGCUUUGUAGUUAUCGGAAGUGAUGGAUUAUUUGAUUUCAUCACGAGUGAUGAAGCUGUAAGACUUGUGCAUAAAUAUAUUUUAAGCAACCCAUCAGGUCAUCCAGCUAAAUUCCUUCUUGAGCAGCUCGUACUAAGAGCCGCUGAUAGUGCAGGUUUCAGCACAGAAGAAUUAAUGAGAAUCCCUGCUGGUAGAAGAAGGAAGUACCACGAUGACGUGACCGUGAUUGUAGUCAUACUUGGUAGCAAUCUGCGCACGUCAAAGGCCUCAACUGUUCUAUAGAAUAACAGGGUUAAUACAAAAACAAGUUGGGGUACUCCAUGAUCACCUAAAAGGGACUGUUUUUGAUCAUGGAUCUACUAUGAAGAUGAUGACGAUAAAGAAGAUGGUGAUGCGCAUUAACAAGGAUAGGAACAUGAGGCAAAAUAAAUAAAUUGGGUAGACCCGAAGGGGGCCUUUUUUUCUUAAUGGAAUUCAUGAUUUACCUCCCAACAAAUUUCUCUCAGAGAAUGAUACGUUGGUACAUUAUUAUAUAGAGGUUAGGCACAUUUAAAUGCACAAAAAUAAGGUGCUCCUUUUUAACCUGUGUAACACUGCCUUAAAUUUCUUCUCAAGUGCAGAUCUUUUUUCUGUUUUGUUUU